AUGUUCAUAGUAUUUAUUGUUAUUUAUUUGAUUUUAUUUCUUUUUAAUUUAACAUUAUCAUCAUCAUCAAAUACAUUAGUUUUUUCAGCUGGACCGAAUUCAUAUGUUGCAUUCGAUUCAUGGCGUCCAUGUCUUAAUGGUUAUGUUCGCUUUGAUAUAAGAACAAAUGCACCUGAUGGUACACUGGCAUAUAUAGAUGAUCGAGGAAAAUUUGAUUUCUUCUAUUUAAAAUUAAUCGAAGGUAAAUUACGUCUUUUAUUUAAUUUGGGAAAUGAUCGUCAAGCUUUAAAUGUUAAUAUGAAAAUCAAUGAUGAUCAAUGGCAUACAAUUUUAAUUAAACGUGAUGGACAAACAACAAUACUUAGUGUUGAUCAUGAUUUAGCAACAAAUUCAACUAUAACACAUUCAGAAGAUUUAUAUUUUGGUGGAUCAACACAUAAUGAAUAUCAAGCAUCACCAUUUUAUUUUGGAGGUAUUCCAGCAGCUUUAGAACGGCCCAGUAGUGGAAAUUUAUCCUCAUUUGAUGUCUACAUGCAACCACGUUUUCGUGGUCGAUUGCGUAAUAUAAUCUAUAAAAAUUGUACCAAUUCUCUUCUUGUUCAACCUGUACAUUUACAAAUCUCUGGUGGUGUUUCUAUAAUACCAAAUCAACAAUGUUCAAGUCAAUCUUGUGGUAUUGGUAUAUGUUUAAUAACUGAUACAGAUUAUAAAUGUUUAUGUGAUGAAACUGAUUAUCAAGGUGAACGUUGUGAAUAUGAACGUAAACCAAAUGAAUUAACAUUUAAUGGUAAAAAAUUUUUACAUUAUAAUCUUAAACAAUCUAUAUUAAGUUUAAAUGAAUUAAUACAAUUUCAAUUUAAAACAAAUCAUUAUAAUGCAUUGUUAUUUGAAUUAAUUAAUCAACAAAUUUAUAUAAAAUUAAAACAAGGACAAAUUAUAAUUGAAUAUCGUUAUAAUAAUCAAUGGUAUGAAUCUUCAACAAAAGAUCUUUAUCUUAUUGAUAAUCAAUGGCAUUAUGUACAAAUAAAACGGAAAUAUGGACAAAUAUCUAUGAUGGUUGAUGAAUAUCAUUUACAAUUAGAAAAUGAUGUUAAAAUUGAUCAAUUAUUUAAUAUAACAGAUAUUUAUAUUGGAGGAAAUAACGAUGAAAAUUCUGAAAAAUUCUAUGGUUGUUUAAAAGAUGUAUUGCUCAUCCUAAAUGAUAAAACUUCUAUUGAUAUAAGUAAAUAUUUUUUAACGAAUCAAUCAAAUGAAAGUCAAUUACGUUGUUCAUCAUUAUUAAAUCCAAUUGAAUUUCUUAUAUCAUCAUCAUUUAUAUCAUUUGAAUUACCUGAACAUGUACAACAAAUGGUUAGUUAUCAAUUGAAUAUAUCAUUUCAUUUUCAAACAUAUUCAUCUGAUGCAAUUAUUUUAUAUGGUAGUAAUAAAUUUAAUGAAGAUUUUCUUGGAUUAGAUUUAAUUGAUGGAUUUUUUUAUAUAACAAUUAAUAUGAAUAAGAAAAAACAAAGACAAGAAUUAUUUCAACAACGUCUUAAUGAUGGACAAACACAUUUUAUACAUUUACAUGUACAAGGUUAUCAAGGUGGUUUAGAAUUUAAUAUAACAAUGAAUUAUCGACAGAAUAAUCGAAUUGUUAUUCGCGAUUCAUUAUCAAAAAUUCAAUUACAUACAUUAACUAUCGGUGGUAUUAAUCCAUCAAUUCAAUGGUUACCAAAUAAUUAUUGGUCUGGUAUAAUGCAUCGUGGAUUAAUUGGUUGUUUUUCUGAUCUUGAAUUAAAUAAUGAAGCAAUUAAUUUAACCAAAUAUAUUAAUUAUACUAAUAAUAAUAUAACACCAAAAAGUGGUUCAUGUUCAAUAUCAUCAGCGUUAUCUUCGUCAUUAUCAAAACGUGAAUGUUCAUGUGAACAUGAAGGUGAAUGUCGAUUAAAUAAUGGUGGAACAUGGUCAUGUGAUUGUUCAAAAACUGGUUAUACCGGACGACAAUGUGAACAUGCGACUUAUCAUAUUGAUUUAAAUAAAAUACAUAUAUUUGAACUUAAUACGAAUAUACAAUGGAGUGAACAAAUUAAUGAUAUUGCAUUUGGACUUCAGGCUACACAUGAUCAAGAAAAUUUCAUUCAAUUUCGUCCAUGUCGUCAAACAAUGAAAUGUGAUUCAAUCGAUUUUUCAAUUCGUAAUGGUUUAUUACAUAUAAAUUUUAAUUUAUCAAAUAUAGCAAUAAAUAUAUCAGGUGAAUAUUCAUUUCUACUUGAUAAUCAAUGGCAUUAUAUACAUUUACAUCGUAUUGAUACAAAAUUAUUAUUACAUAUUGAUCAUCAUAUAGCUCAACAACGUUUAAAUAUAAUUGAAACAAAUCUAUCAUCAUUAUCUACCAUAUGGUUAAUAUUAAAUGGUAAUAAAAAUAUACGUAUUGAAGAUAUACGUUUAUAUGAUCAAUCAUUAAAUACGAAGUUUUUCUUGAAUAAUCAAUAUGAACAAAUUCAAUUAAAAUAUCGACCAUGGAAACCUUUAAAUUCAAUAUCAUUCUAUGAUCAACAAGAUGCUUAUAUAACAAUACAAUUAAAUGAUAUAUUAUGUCAAGAAUGUGAAUUAGAUACAAUUUAUUUUGAUUUUCGUACAACAGAAUUAACUGGUGUCAUUUUAUAUGCUAAUAUUCAAACGACUAAUUCGAAAAUAAGAUAUUCUAUGGAGAAUAAUUUUGAUAGAGAAAGUCAAUAUUUAAUGAUAAAAUUAGUUGAUGGUCAAUUACAUUUAAUUGUUGUUAUUGCUUCUUUACAUGAAGAUGAAGAUGAAAUUCAUCAAAUUCAAACACCAAUACGUCUUAAUGAUGGUCAUUGGCAUCAUAUAUCAUUAUAUCGUACAAGUGAUCAUCAUUUAGAAUUAAUUAUUGAUUCACGUGAAUAUUAUUUAUUAACAUCAAUACAUUUUAUUGAUACAAUUUAUUUUGGACGUCCAACAUUUCUUUCAUCUGAUCAUGUUAAUACAUUAAAAACAUGUUUAGCAUCAUUAACAAUAAAUAGUCGUUCAAUAAAUUUACGUGAAUAUAUUAAAACAAAUUCACAAAUACGUAAUGAUUGUUUUCUUGAUUCACAAUGUCCAUUACGACAUUGUUUAAAUACAGGUAGUUGUCUUGAUCGUAUUAAAUGUGAUUGUCAACAUACAAGUUUUCAAGGAGAAUUUUGUACAGAUUUAAAAAUUGGGUAUUUUUUUAAUGAAUAUACAUCAGGCUUAAUAUUUGAUCAACCAUAUCGAACUGAUAAAAAAUUUUCAAAUUAUAAAAUAUCAUUUGGUAUUGUGACAAAAAUGCUUACAGGUGAAAUCAUACGUAUAAGUGAUCAACUACAAAUUGAAUUAUAUCGCGGACAUAUAAGAAUAAAAUUAGCUGGAAAUAUAAAUGAUGAUAGUGAUUUUAUACAAAAUGAUAUUAUGAUCAAUGAUGGUUAUUAUCAUUUAGUACAAAUUGAAUAUAAUAUAACUGGAUAUUUAAGUUUAAAUGUUGAUAAUAAAUUAAUUGUUCAUCAAUUAACAUAUCAAUUAUUAUUUGAUAAACCAUUAUUAUUAUUAAUUGGACAAAAUCCAGCAUUUAGAUAUGGAUUUCAGGGUCAACUUUAUGGUCUUGAAUCUGAUAUCUAUUCAGUAUUUGAUAUGAUAUCUCCAACAUUCCAACGUAUAUCAUAUUCACCAAUUCAAGAUAAAGCUUUUUCUUCUAUUUCUUCUUCUUCAUCUUCAUUUUCUUCACCAACAAUUAUUUAUCCAUCAAUGUUUACACUAAAUGAUCUAAUACCAUCAUUUUGUUCAUCACAAUCAUAUGAUGAUAUUUGUAUAGUUACGUCUGAUAGAAGUACAAGUCCAAUAUUAUAUCCUAAUAUAACACUUUUAACAUCUUUACCAACAAAUAGAAUCUUUUCAUCAUCAUUAUCUUCAGCACGAUCUACAUCUAAAUAUACAACAUUAUAUACAACUUCAACUAUAUUAUCUUCACAUAUCGAUCUUUCAACAUCCAUAUCAUCAAAUUAUACAUCAAAUUCAACACAAUAUAAUGAUAACCCACCAUUAAUUAUCUCUAUUCGUACACCUAUUUCAAGUCGUUUUCGAAGACUUUUUCAUUGGCAACAUAUUUGGGUAAUUUUAGUACCUGUUUUAUGUGGAAGUAUCUUCUGUAUUUUAAUUGCUAUAUUUGGUUUUAUAAAAUAUCGUCGAAAAGAUGUUGGUGUUUAUGAAGUUGAAGAAGCACAACGUUUUCGACCAUUAAUUGUUGAAUUAACUCCAUCACCCGGUGAACGUAAUCUAGAUAAUUUUAAUUCAACAAUACGAACAACUUCACUAGGUACAUCAUCAGCAACACAUCUAUCAAAAACAGAUAUUAUUAAAUCUCAUAAAAAACGUCGACGAAGAAAAUCUCCAUUAACUUCAAAUGAUGAUCAGCGUGAAUUUUAUAUUUGA